UGGGAGAAGCCGUAUUUCCUGUCCUGGAGUGUUGGGAAAAUUUUUCAGAGAAAAGAAGUUCCAGUGUUUACACACAUCAGGAGAUCUCACCUCAGGGGAGAAGCCGUUAUUCUUGUUUUGAGUGCGGCAAAAAUGUUUUUCACAGACCAUCAAAUCAUUACAAACAUCAUAAGUCUCACACAGAGGAGAAGAUGUAUUCUUGUCCUGAGUGGCGGAAAUGUUUUUUCCACAAAAGUCCAUUCUUUCCCAAACAUCGAGAGAUGUCACACGGGGGAGAAGCCGUUUUUCCAGUCAGGGUGCGGGAAAUUUGUUAUUUCACAGAAGGCCCAUCUAUGCUCACAUCAGACGUUUCACACAGGGAGAGAUGAGUAUUCUGUCCAGACGUGUGGGAAAAAUGUUUUUUCAAAUAAGUCCAAAUCAUAA